CCCCCCAAGCCGGGGGCGCAGGGCCGCGUGCGCAGCCCCGGCCGCGCCGGGGGUCGCCGGGGCGCGAAGAUGGAGGAGCCGCCGCGCGGGCGCUCGCACACGGUCACCACCACCGCCAGCUCUUUCGCCGAGAACUUUUCCACCAGCAGCAGCAGCUUCGCCUACGACCGCGAGUUCCUCCGCACCGCGCCGGGGCUCCUCAUCGUGGCGGAGAUCGUCCUGGGCCUGCUGGUGUGGACACUGAUUGCUGGCACGGAGUACUUCCGGGUCCCUGCGUUCGGCUGGGUCAUGUUUGUAGCUGUGUUUUACUGGGUCCUCACCGUCUUCUUCCUCAUCCUCUACAUAACGAUGACCUACACCAGGAUUCCCCAGGUGCCCUGGACCACAGUGGGCCUGUGCUUUAACAGCAGCGCCUUCAUCCUGUACCUCUCGGCCGCCGUGGUGGACGCGUCGUCCAUCUCCCUGGAGAGGGACAGUCACAACUUCAACAGCUGGGCGGCCUCGUCGUUCUUUGCCUUCCUGGUGACCAUCUGCUACGCUGGAAACACAUACUUCAGUUUUAUAGCGUGGAGAUCCAGGACUGUGCAGUGAUGGGGCGUUUUUAUAACAAAAAGGAAACGAAAGAAUCAAACUGUCGAAGCAGCUGUAGGUAUGAUGUACUGUAUUCCUGGAGAGUUGUAUUUAACUAAUGUUUUAUAUACUGCGCCCGCAGCCGUUUGUACAGACAUUGGAUCCUUAUUUGCAAAGCGCCGGAGCCCCUGAUGUGUCUUUCUAAAGUCACGGAGACAGUAUUUUCCUAGGCAAUGUACAAAUAGAGAAAUUGCUAAUAUUAAGAAUGUGACAAGUUUGUAAACCUGACUCUUAAUAUGCCAGAUUCUUUUGUGAUUAAAUGUCGCAAAAUCCCA